AUCCCGCCCGUCCGAACUAGAGUGUAGCCCUCGGAAGGGGUGAUGGGAUAGGCUGGGGCGGAAAAGGGAGGAGCUUAGGCGACUGCAGCCAGAGGGAUGGAGGGUAGACGAAAAGGAGGACUUCCCAGGUGGAGUAGGAUGGAAGAGGUUGGAGGAAAGAAGUGUUAAGAUAGAUGCCAUAGGUAGGAGGAAGGAAAGACGACCCUUUGGGCUCCCUCGUGAAAUCCGUCUCCAUCAACACGAAAGGGAGGGACAUGGUGGGGUGGGGGGACCCAAGCAUAUUCUCCUGAGACCUAGGAGGUGUCACUAACUUUGGAACCACCUGAAUUUUCACAGUAGGGCCCUCCCCUCCCUUCCGCAAAUUCACUGCCUCCCUUUUAGGGCCUCUGAGAUCUUCCUGAACCUCUCUCUGCCCUUGUUCCUUCCUGAGACCAUGUGCUCAGGGUAGACGCACUGGAUUCUUCCCAGCCUGAGCGGAAGUGUAGGAAUUCUCAUGCCCCCCCCCCACACACCUACUUCCCUAGCCCUAGGUCGAGGAAUCCCAGCUCCCCGCUCAGCCCUCUGGCUCCUGGCCCCCCCACUGUUGCGAUGGGCACCCCCUCUCCUCACCGUGCUGCACAGUGACCUCUUCCAGGCCUUGCUGGACAUUCUGGACUAUUAUGAGGCAUCCAUCUCGGAGAGCCAGAAAUACCGCUACCAAGAUGAAGACACGCCCCCUCUGGAGCACAGCCCGGCCCACCUCCCCAACCAGGUAAACGCCCCCGAGCUGGUGCACGUGGCGGAGAGGAACUUGUCCCACCUCGAGGCCGUCCACGGGGUCGUGGGCCACGCCCACCUCUCCCCCCUCAAGGCCAAUUCUCCUCCUGUGAUUGUCAACACAGACACCCUAGAAGCCCCGGGAUAUGUGAACGGGACGGAGGGGGAGAUGGAAUACGAGGAAAUCACGUUGGAAAGGGGCAACUCAGGUCUGGGCUUCAGUAUUGCGGGUGGCACCGACAACCCGCACAUUGGAGACGACCCAUCCAUCUUCAUCACCAAGAUCAUUCCUGGCGGGGCUGCGGCCCAGGAUGGUCGCCUCAGGGUCAACGAUAGCAUCUUGUUUGUAAAUGAAGUGGACGUGCGGGAGGUGACCCACUCGGCUGCAGUGGAGGCCCUCAAGGAGGCGGGCUCCAUUGUCCGCCUCUAUGUCAUGCGCCGGAAGCCCCCAGCUGAGAAGCUCAUGGAGAUCAAGCUCAUCAAGGGCCCUAAAGGUCUUGGCUUCAGCAUCGCUGGGGGUGUCGGGAACCAGCACAUCCCCGGAGAUAACAGCAUCUACGUGACGAAGAUCAUCGAAGGGGGUGCCGCCCACAAGGACGGGAGGCUGCAGAUCGGGGACAAGAUUCUAGCGGUCAACAGCGUGGGGCUGGAGGACGUCAUGCACGAGGAUGCCGUGGCAGCCCUGAAGAACACGUAUGACGUGGUCUACCUGAAGGUGGCCAAGCCCAGCAAUGCCUACCUGAGUGACAGCUAUGCUCCCCCAGACAUCACGACCUCUUACUCCCAGCACCUGGACAACGAGAUUAGCCACAGCAGUUACCUGGGAACCGACUACCCCACAGCCAUGACCCCGACUUCCCCUCGGCGCUACUCCCCGGUGGCCAAGGACCUCCUGGGGGAGGAAGACAUCCCCCGGGAACCACGGCGAAUCGUCAUCCACAGGGGCUCCACGGGCCUGGGUUUCAACAUCGUGGGUGGCGAGGACGGCGAGGGCAUCUUCAUCUCCUUCAUCCUGGCUGGCGGCCCUGCAGACCUCAGCGGGGAGCUGCGGAAGGGGGACCAGAUCCUCUCGGUGAACGGUGUGGACCUGCGCAGCGCCAGCCACGAGCAAGCUGCUAUUGCCUUGAAGAACGCGGGGCAGACGGUCACCAUCAUCGCACAGUAUAAACCGGAAGAGUACAGCCGAUUCGAGGCCAAGAUCCACGACCUUCGGGAACAGCUCAUGAACAGCAGCCUGGGCUCAGGGACUGCGUCCCUGCGGAGCAACCCCAAACGGGGUUUCUACAUCAGGGCCCUGUUUGACUAUGACAAGACCAAGGACUGCGGCUUCCUAAGCCAGGCCCUGAGCUUCCGUUUCGGGGACGUGCUGCAUGUGAUCGAUGCCAGUGACGAGGAGUGGUGGCAGGCGCGGCGGGUCCACCCCGACAGCGAGACCGAUGACAUCGGCUUCAUCCCCAGCAAACGGCGGGUUGAACGGCGGGAGUGGUCAAGGUUAAAGGCCAAGGACUGGGGUUCCGGCUCUGGAUCACAGGGUCGAGAAGACUCCGUUCUGAGCUACGAGACGGUGACACAGAUGGAAGUGCACUACGCUCGCCCCAUCAUCAUCCUUGGGCCCACCAAGGACCGAGCCAACGAUGACCUGCUCUCCGAGUUCCCCGACAAGUUCGGAUCCUGUGUUCCCCAUACGACGCGGCCCAAGCGGGAGUAUGAGAUAGAUGGCCGGGACUACCACUUUGUGUCCUCCCGGGAGAAAAUGGAGAAGGACAUCCAGGCGCACAAGUUCAUUGAGGCCGGCCAGUACAACAGCCACCUCUACGGGACGAGCGUCCAGUCCGUGCGGGAGGUGGCCGAGCAGGGGAAGCACUGCAUCCUCGAUGUCUCGGCCAAUGCCGUGCGGCGGCUGCAGGCGGCCCACCUGCACCCUAUCGCCAUCUUCAUCCGCCCCCGCUCCCUGGAGAAUGUGCUAGAGGUCAAUAAGCGGAUCACAGAGGAACAAGCCCGCAAAGCCUUCGACAGAGCCACCAAGCUGGAGCAGGAAUUCACAGAAUGCUUCUCAGCCAUCGUGGAGGGCGACAGCUUUGAGGAGAUCUACCACAAGGUGAAGCGUGUCAUCGAGGACCUCUCAGGCCCCUACAUCUGGGUCCCGGCCCGAGAGAGACUCUGACUCCUGCCCUGGCGUGGCCUGGACUCGCCCCGCCUCCCUCACGCGGGCCCCUUGGUCUGGACUGAAUUGCCCGAGCCCUUUGCGCCCCCUAGCCUCCCUCCCGUCCCUUCUUAUUUAUUUCCUUUCUAACUGGAUCCAGCCCUGGAGGGGGGACACUCCCCUGCAUGUAUCCCCGCACCCCAGAACUGGGCUCCGGAACCCCAGGAACCUGGGGUCUGGGGGGGGAGCCGGGCUCCUGGUCCCGAGCCCGUGCUCCUGAGGACCCGAGUCCCUGCCCGCCCCCAACGCACACACAAGCCCAGCGGGGGCCGCCUGCCCUCCCCCCCCCCACACAUUCCAGAAGUCAGGGCCCCCUCAAGGAGCACCCCACUGCAGGGACGCAGGGCCACAGGCCUCCUCUGUCUCCUGAGGCAAGGCCUGGGGCCCCCCUGCCCCCGUCAGAACUCCCCAGGUCCCUUGGUUUAGCAUUUAUUUUUUCCCAUUUUUUUUUCUUCUCAAAGGUGGUUUUUUGGGGGGAUAAGUGGGGGGACCCUACUGUGGGCCCCCUGCCUUCCACAGGCACCCCACCUUUUUUCUUUGCCGGUUUGCAUGAGUGGAAGGUCUAACUGUGGCUUUUUUUUUUUUUUCCUGGGAUUUAUUUUUCAUUUUAUUU